AUGUUGUGCGGGCUGGUGGAACAGUGCAGUGUCCUUUCUUUUUUUCGGGCAAUAUAUGUAUACACCCAGUCCCUCUGUGCUUUGGGACAGAUGAAAUGCAAGCCGCUGCUAAGAGAUACUUUUUAUUUUUGUUUUCCGGGAGUCCUGCUGGACUCACACUUCUUUUUUUUUUUUCUUUUUGGUAACUUGCCGCGACUUGUUUCCGUUUGUGCUGUGCUCCACUGCCACUUUGUGUUACCGUGUCCGGUUGAGUGUCCUUCUGCCGGCUGUGCUGCUGACAUGCCCCCGUUUCCUCUUCUUUUCUUCCCUGCUAUAGGCACCGAUUGUCCGCAACGACGAUUGUUUGUGUUACCCUCUGCGAUGCGACGGGAGCGACGGGGUGCCCGGCUCGGCUUUCUGCUUCUUCUGCAAAGGGAGGGGACGGUGUGCGGCGUGCCUCACUGUGGGUGUGCGGGGCACUAUCCAUUGCAGCCUGCUGUGCGGCAUGAAGCCAAUCUGUGA